UCACGACCGUUUUUGUGUCAAUGGUCCUUCUCCAGCUUCAGUAAGGUCUUUUCCGAUUGGCUUUUGGGAGCAUCGCCUCGCCUUUUUGGUGCUUUUCCCCUCCCAGUGACUCACGGUAUCGGUAAGCAGCCUCAAAGAUCUUCUAUAUAGAAGAGGUUUGGCAGCCUCCUCCUCCUCCAAGGAAACGGCUUAUCUGGGACUGCACGACAGCACGAUGAGGUCUGGGUAAUAGAGUUUUACACCCUUAAAAAAAACACAAAACUUUAAAGUGGACUACAACUCCCUUAGUGGAAUGCGCAUUGUGAACUGCGCAAGGUGAAUGGGGGGCGAUUACCGUACAAAAAUACAAAUAAACGCGAGUCGGGAGUUGGACGUGGUCACAGCGAAAAUGAAUUAGGUACUUAAUGUGUUACUCCUGCACGUUUUGAGAUUUGUUGAAAACGUCUCAUCGCGAGUAAAAGGGCAGAGCUCAUGGUCUAAUUUGGAUAUUUAGAUAUUAGAAAUGGAUCAGAGGCAUGUAGUCCUGCAGGAAAUAUACAAAGGAUUGCUAUCGGGAGCACCACUGAACAAAGGGCAUCACGAGGUAGCAGCUGUCAUUUGCCCAUUUAUGACCUCUGCAAACAUACAUGAGGCCAGCAGCAGAAGUGAGCGUGAUGAAAGGUGUGAUCUGGGUAACAUGCCCUCUUUGAGAUGUCCAGCCAGUUCAGUGAAGAGGCACAGUUACAGUGACCUACAGAAGGAAACGGCGUGUCUUCAGCUCAGUCUGAUUGAGAUGAUGAGCUCCCACGUGCACUCUCCAAGCAGAGGGGUGCAGGAGGACAACCUGGGAAUUCUAAGAGUGCUACUGGAGGAAAUGGACCUUGUGUCACAACUAAUUUCUUUGUUUGGGGACCAGGACAAGUUAUUAUCCCACAUGGCUGUGAAAUGUGUGUCUUCACUUGUGCUCUUUCAGAUUACCAUUACUAACUCGUUAAAUGAAGUCUGGCAAAAGAGGUGUUUCCAGGCAUUCAGAGAGCAUCCCAACAGCAGUGUGAUGAAGGGAUGUUUAUGGUCUCUUACAGCUGUGGUAAAAGGAGUUUUUAAAGGAACAUUUCAUCGUAAAACAGAAAUCUUGGAGAAUCUUUUCACCUCAUUUGAACCUGCAUUUAAUGCCUUGUAUGCUACCAUGUUUUCACUAUCUCCGAGUGCCGUGAAUCAAGAGCCUUCAACAUACACCAAAGAAGGAGAUAAUGUUACAACCAAUCUAGUCUCUUUCAUUGAUUUACUUGAAGUUUUUGUUGCUGCCAGAACAAAACUGAGGAUCUGUUUCCCUGUUCAGAGACUCUUGUUCCAACAGGCUGUCUUGGCUUUACAGAUGGUUGCCUCCCCUGUUCAGUAUUUAGUGAAAAAGAAACUGCUUGCCCUUUUUAAAAGGUGCCUGCUCCAGAAAGCUGGUGAAGAUUUCAUUAAAGGAGAGGUGGACUCCUCCCUAAAACAUGAUGACAAUUUGAAAAGUGACAUGUUGGCCCUGGCGAAUGGUGUGCUGCAAUCUGUACAUGCAGAUUGGCUUCAAGACAUUCCUGUGAGUCCGAAGCCCAGCUUUUUUGGAGGCACAGAGGUGCUGGGUAACAGUGAUGUAGAAGGAGGACCUGAUUUGGUGAUGCUGAGAGCAGCAAGCCUCAUUUUAAUAAAGUCAUUGGAAUAUAAAGUCCAGAAUUCAACUACAGAAGAAGGUGCCACUGAUUUACUGAGCUAUCUGUGUCUUCUGAAGCUUUUCCUAAAGAAGCAUCUCAAAUCUGCUUCACUCUCCCAGCAUCUCCUGCACCCCUGCGCUUGGGUCUCUGUGAUAUUCAUGGAGCAGGAUGAUGAUAUGAUAGAGGCAGCAAAGGCAUUGCUGAUAUUGCAUCUGCAUUUUAGAAGAGUGAGUGGUGUCAUCAUUGAUGGCGUUGACAGUACAGGAAGCUUGACCCAGCUGACCCAUGAAAACGGCUGCAACCCGCACUGUGUGUUCUUCUUAUUCCUCAGCAGUGUAGCAUUUGACCACACUGUUCUCCUCGACUUCCUGAUUUCCACCGAGACGUGCUUCCUGGAAUACUUUGUCAAGUAUCUAAAACUUGUCAGGGAAGACUGGGAGCACUUCUGCACUGCCUGCCAUUACUGUGAUUCACUCUCGUCACAGUCAAGUGAGCAGAAUGCAGCUUGUAGUGAGAAUGCAUAUGGAUCCAAGACUGUCAGUCAAGAUGAUCAAGAGAGCAUGCAGCUGGCGUUCCAUUUAGCAGAAAAUGUUCCACGAUCUGAAUUGCCCAAGAGCCAAACCAAGUGUAAUGUAAAAUAUUCGGAUGACCCCUUGGUAGAUUAUGGGAGCUCAGAUGAGUCUGGAUCCGACCUGGUGGAACCAGUUUGCUUAGCAACUGGCAAGCAGUGUUCUGAAGGCCUGCAAGAUGACAGUUUUAAGAUAGGGAACUCUGUUUGCCAAAGUGGAGAUAAGGACCAGACCUUAUCUAAACAUUGUCAAGUCACAGGGGAUCAGGGAAUGUUGAUGCAUUCAUCUCUUCGGGACAAUAUGUUGUAUGACAGUCUGACUUCUGCUGGUAUGUUUACGAAAUCCAUCAUGUGUCUGAUGGGACUGAGAAAGGCUGUAACCAGAUUGCAAAGAAGAAAUUUGUUUCCUUACAAUCCAACAGCACUUCUGAAACUCUUGAUACAAAUUGAAACAAAGAGUGGUUUGACUGAUGACCAGUUGUGAGAAAUCUGGAAAUAAUCAAAGCGUUCUCAGAGUCUACGGGAGGCUACGUGGUUCUACCACCUCCACAGGAAGAGUAAUAUCUCUAUCUAAACAUGCUUGCAAUGCAUCAUGUAACUUAAGCACAAAGGGAGUUCAAAAACUCCUUUGUAUUAGAUUUAAA